GUCCCUCCUCUCUACAACUAACCGUUUCUUUCUUUCUUUCAAACUCUUUCACAAUUCAUCAUGUAAAGCCUUCAAGAAUGAUCAUAAUUUCUUGACUUAUUUUUAAUCACAAUCUUUAAUUUCUUGAAACACAAGACUUUAAUAAGACAACAAAGAUGCUUAAAAUUAUUUUCCAUUUGUGCUUAUCACAUUAUACACAGUUACACACACUCUCUCUCACGUAUUCUUCUCUAUAAAACCAACCUACAUCUCUCAACCCAUCGGAAAAAAAAUACUAUUGGUGACUGAGAAUGGCGAACUUCCUCGAAGACCACAUUGUCAGCUCUUCUUUUUCUUCACCAACACGUACUCAACACCCUCAAGAUUUUACUGCGUAUGGCAGAUUUCUGUCUUCGCCCAGAGGCAUAACGACUCAUGCCUACGGAAACAGAAACACCACAAAUUGCAGCCCAGACUCGAGAAGAGUUCAUUGGAAUGUGGCUACUGAUGACAGAAUUACUUCUGCCCGUCAAAAAGAUGAUAUUCCGGCAUUCAAUCCAACUGGUCUGGAUCUUGUUUUACUAUGUAUGGUAAAAUGUCAUGCAUGUGAUUUUGACAUUAAAGUUUCCUUGCGCUGCGGUCGUUCACAAGAAUUUGAUGCAAGUAAUAUGAUUUGUCCCGUUUGUGAUGAAAAGCUUGAGGAGGAUGUGAUAAGGACUGUAAAGAAUUCAAGCUUUACAAUUACGCAUUCGUCUGCUCUGAAUAUGGGAAAAAAACCUGCUCUACGGGGAAACAAACAUGACAGAAUGUUUGGUUCAGCUUUGUAUGAACAUGACAUGACCAAUGCCCCUGAUGUUACUGCUGCAAAAAGCUUGGGAGGGGCAGAUGCACCGAAUACUGGCGGCAAUGAACAGGAUGUUGAAGAGAGAAGUAGCAGGGCUGCAUAUUUUCAAGACUUGUUUAUGUCAGCUUUAUUCUCAGAAUGAUCAAUAGGGAAAUAGUUUUGAUGGUUGUAAAAAUUACAGCAUUGAGUUUGAUUCUGGUGCAUGAGUUAUUAUUAUUAUUAUUAUAGGUUUAUAACAAAACUUUAGCAUAUUGGAUUGCUAUGCUAGCGAAUUGGAUGGUUGGUUCUAUUUUGGUUACUGAACAAUUUAAAUAGUCAUAAGUUCA